GGGUAGGGGGUGACACCCAGCCAGCGUCUCUGCCCUCAGGCGGGUUCGUUCAGGGUUGAGAGCCCCGGUUUCCGGGGGUAUUUGGGGUGGCUCCAUUCCACUGAGUUUGGGGCCAGCAACGGGGCUGUGGGGAAGGUCCCCGAGGCUGUGGCUGUCAUUGUGGCUUGGUGGAUCCCUCCCCCUACCGGGCGCCCCGGGUGCAGCUCAGUGAGCGGCUGUGGAGAGUCGGCCCACCAGUGUUACCUGUCGGUGACUAGCCGGGGCUCGGGAUAGGUGCUAGCCACCCCCUCCCGCUCAAUGGCCCGUCCCAGGAGCCGCUCGUUGGCAGGUCACUGGCCUUCCCGGGCCCCAGUAUCCCGGUCUGGUGGCCAGGUGCUGACAGGGAGCCCAUUCUGGUACCUGUCUGGCGGCUCUUUCCCAUGGCCCAUCAGUACCCCUUCCGGGUCACCCCUGCCCGCGGCUGAGCCCCCCCAGCCCCUCACUUUGCUGAUCAAAUCUGCAUUUAACCGGCACCCCCAAAGCACCUCAUUGCAACCCCCCGGCUGGGGUUUGGGCAACAAAAUCUGUCGACGUCUCCCUCCCCCCAUUGGGGAAAGGUUGCCUAGUUCGGGGUGGGUUUCCCAGCCGGACGGAAGGACACCUCCGCCCCCAACACCUCGCUCCCGGAGUAGCGCUCCCUGGCUCCCCCUACUGACAGCGUCAGCAGAACGGCAGAGUGCGAAGAGAAUCAUGGAAACACCCCCCAGUGUGGGUGGGUGCGGGAGGGAGACCGGGGCUGGGCCAGCAGGGGGCUGGAGGUCAGGAGUGAGGGGCACUGGCAGAGCUGGGGGAAGGGAGCCUGGGCUAGCAGGGGGCUGCGGGUCAGGAGUGGGGGCACCGGCAGAGCUGGGGGGAGACCGGAGUGGGAAUAAAUGGCAUGGGGGGGUCAGGAUUGAGGGGCAUUGACAAAAUCCAUCCAAAAUCCCCCACACUCCAUAGAUAGCAGCAGCCCAGGCUCCUCCUUCCAGCCCACUCAGCCCGCACCCUGGGUGCUCUCCCCCCUCUAACCUCUCAGCACCCACUCUUUUCCUCUGCUCCAGCUGGACGAAUGGGACCCCCAGACCUGCGCUCUCCUCCUCCCUCUCUGACUCGCUCCCGGCAGCCGUCUCUGUCCCUGAGACCCUUAACCUGUGAGGGCAGCGCAGAAUUCACAGUUCCCUACCAGGUGGCCGUGCCAGACGCUGUGGUGCAAAUCCAGCCGGAGCUGGCUCAGCUGAAACCAGCUCCUGCCUGCGUCCCGCCGUGCGGGUACCAGAAAGACGCCCAGGUCUACAAAUGCACCUCGUGCAGCCUAGUGGACUGUCAGCUCCCCCUGGACUGUCCAGUGGAGGACGUCUGGAAGAACGAGGGGGAGAGGACGGCUCUGACAUGCAGGGUCCCGUUCCAGACCCCCCCUGACGUGCGGCGUAGCUGGAAGUUUGCCAGGGACCUCCGGACCCAGGAUCUUUCCCUCUUCCGGGACCUGCAUAUGGGCGCCGGCUCCUCCCUUGUCCUCCGUCCCACAUGGGGCUCGCACCGCGGCACCUACGCCUGCCAGCUAGCCCAGCAGGAUGAUGUGCUAGCCCGGAAAUACUUCUACCUCAAUGUGACUGCCAGCAGCCAGGAGGCAGAGACGGAGCUGCAGGACAUGUUCCACACCAUCCUGCAGUCCCCAGCGGGGCACGGGGCCGAGGACCGGCUCCCCGGGCUCUCGGAGCUGCUGGCCGAGCCCGACUCGCUGCACAAGAGGAACGUGGUGCUGCUGAUGGUGGGGCUGGCGCUGAGCGCCCUGCUGGGCACCCUGCUGCUGGGGACGAGCCCUGCCCGCGCCAUGAGAGAGGAGGUGGAGACGGGCGCCCGGUUCCUGUCGCGCCUGGCGAACCGGCACGGCCGGCUGGACAAGGGGCUCGUGGAGCAGUUCGGGGAGCGCCUGGCCACCAUCCUGCAGGAGAGAUAUUGCCGGCACUGGUACCCCGAGAACCCUGCCAAGGGACAGGCCUACAGGUGUAUCCGUAUCAACCGGAGGCAGCGGGUGGACGAGUCGCUGCUCCGGGCCUGCGCGGGCUGCGGGCUGGCGUACUCGGAGCUGGCUCUGCCGUGGGAGCUCUCGCUCUGGAUCGACCCGGGGGAGGUCUGCUGUAGACUCGGGGAGAACAGCCAGUACUUCACGGUGAGCCCCUCGGAAGGGGGAGGCAGCAAAGGGACCCCGGAGCCCGAGACGUCAGACUAUCACUCGGAGUCGCCGUCGGAGAGCUCCUCGGAGGACGAGGGAUCAGCCCGGCCCCCCCCGGCCCCGGCACCAGCCCCAACCAGACCCGCCCUGCGGGAGCCCGGCAAACAGGCCGCCGAGUUGUUCUAUGUCCCGGCCCCCGUGUGGCUCCCCUGCACCACCCAGCGCCUGGUCAGCUACAUCCCCACCUACCAGCCCCUCACCUUCUACUACGUCAGCGUCGGAGCAAAGCCCUCGCCGGCGAAGAGAUCCAACCCCGACCGGCUGCGGCGCCUCACCCACCGGGCUGCCAAGGCUUAGGGGCGGGGCAGGGAGAGGGGAGAGCCCCCAGCCCCUCUCCCUCCUGCCCUCACAUGCCUUCACCCCCCAGUGAUCUCCGCCACGCUCUCAGGCUGAGACUGGGUGGAACUCACCACAGCAAUGCAAACAGCGCCACCUCGUGGCCACGCAACAAGCCAGGCUGGAAACGGCUGGAAGUCGGGGAUGUCCUCCCCCCAACCCAGCUGGUAUCUUAAGAGUUAACAGCCCCCCUUCUCGUGCAAGGAGUGAGGCCCCAUGGCCGUGGGGCUGAGCCAGUUGAGACUUGGUGUCCGAGGGGACCGUCUGCAGGCAAAGCACAUGGGCAAACUUGCUAUGGAGGGGAAGACGGGCCUGGAAGCCAGGACGCCUGGGUUCUAUCCCCAGUGCUGGGAGGAUAGUGGGGGUCUAGUGCUUAGAGCG